UCACUCCUCGAAUUUAGAGCUAUACCUGCCUACAAAAUCAAAAUCAAAAUCAAAAUCAUCCUCGCAGCCAGCACAUAUCAAAGUCAAACAAAGAUUCCCAAAGAUUCCAAAUCUUUCAUUCAAUCCUUGAUAAUAUCAUCAUGUCUUCUCCACCCGAGGAAGAAACCUCAACCUUUCGACCAUUCACGAAAGCUGAGCGCAUUCAACAACUCAAUGAAAUAGAUAAGGUAACACCGACAGAUCGCAAUUCAUUUUUAUGCAUUAUUUAAUUAUUGGCAGAGUAUAUUACAACUUGUUCAGACUGCCGGACAAACCCUCAAAAUUCUUACUGCAUCAAAAGAACCGGGAGAAGCACAAUCAUCACAAGAGAAACGUCAAGCUUUCGAGAAUGCCUCAAAUGCUUAUUUAAAAACUCUACAAUCCGUCGAUGUGCGAUUACGAAGACAAAUACUGGGGUUGGAAGAAGCAGAUAUUAUACCAGCAGAGAAGGUGAAAUCGAAAAACAAGGGCAAACCAGCAGCUGAACCUGUGGAAAGACGGCCAGCAGUUCCAGGAAAUAUGGCGGGGAAUAAAGCAGAUGAUACAAUUACAGAAGGAGGGUUGGGAAAUCUUGAUAUUGGUUUCUUGAAUAGUCGAAGUGGAAGGGUUGGCAGAGAUAUGGAGGCUGAAUUAUGGGCAAAGAGUAGAAGGUUUCUGGAAGAUUUGGAUAAUGGCAAUUAUAAUUCCCAGCCAUUAUCCCAAAGGAAGGACGAAAUUAAGCAAUCAGACGGGUAGAUGCGGAGUUAGCAGCAUACUCUUUGAAUUUGGGCAGGCUGCAGGGACAUUUUGAUACAUAUUCUUAUGGGACUGGUCUCUUCGUCAUUUAUAUUCGCCCCGAAGCUAUCCAUAAGCUCUCCUUGCUUCAUGUACUUGUGCUCCUGCCUGAGAUGGUGAU